AUGGAAAAGGCUAGAAGAGUCAAGCAGAAUGAUACUAGAGACGGUAAUCUCCGUGUCAAAGGUGAAAACUUUUACCGUGAUGCGAAAAAGAUCAAACACUUGAACAUGUACAAGCAAGGUAGGGCUGUACGAAAUGCCAAAGGUGAUAUCAUCAAAGCUGCAGAUUUGCAGAGCACAGAUGCUCCAGUUGCCAGAGUUGACCCAAACAGGAGGUGGUUUGGCAACACAAGGGUUAUUGCACAGGAUGCAUUAACACAUUUCAGAGAAGCAAUGGGCGAUAAAAAGGAUAACUCGUACCAAGUGCUUCUCAAGCGUAACAAGUUGCCAAUGUCUUUGUUGAAUGAAAAAGAUACCACAGAGAGCCCGACAGCAAAGAUUGUUGAGACUGAAUCAUUUGCUUCUACAUUCGGACCAAAACAGCAGCGGAAGAAGCCCAGAGUUGCUGCUGCAUCACUUGAAGAGUUGAUGUCGGCUGCAGAAACUGACUCGACGACAUACAAUGAGAAACAGGAACUUGAUGCUACUUUGGGACUCAUGGGUGGAUCUAUUUUGGAUAAGGAUGAUUUCACACAAGAGGCUAAAGAGGCUAUUUUCCACAAGGGGCAAAGUAAGAGAAUCUGGAAUGAACUUUACAAGGUCAUUGAUUCUAGUGAUGUGGUGAUCCACGUCUUGGAUGCCAGAGAUCCAUUGGGAACACGUUGUGCAAGUGUUGAGAAAUACAUCAAAGAGGAAUGUUCGCACAAGCAUUUGAUCUAUGUGCUUAACAAGUGUGAUUUGGUACCCACAUGGGUUGCGGUAUGUACUAACCAAUUCUUUUUCUUUUCAUUUUUUUUCUUUUUCAUUUUUUUUCUUCUUUCAUUUCCAUUUCAUUUUCACUUUUCACUUUUUAUUGUUCAUGUUUUUUAUGUUUUCAAUUUCCGAAUCCAGAAAAACCAGUCCCAAGAAACUCAGUUUUGCACCAAAGCAUUUAGUCAGGGUGGCAUUUGCAUUUUCCAACUAAAUUUCUAA